AUGGAUAAGUGCCAAUCCGAGGACAACAAGUUUCGGGUUAGACAUCUAAUGGUGGUGAAGCCUGUGGAGAAAAUGUAUCCUGUUUUUGAAAGUGAACCCCAUGGCCCAGACGUGGAUAAAAAGGUGCAUAAAAUGAUCUGCGAUAUUCUGGGUGAAAGCUUGGAUGAGGAAAGUGGUGAUGAUAAAGUUCAAACGCCUAAACAGAAGAAGCGGAAGAUGGAAACUGCACGUGUGGAGAUGAAAAAGAAGGAGAAGCUGAAAGUGGAUGAAGGAACGGAUUCUGUGGAGAAAAGCAAGAAAAUGAAGAAGGAAAAGGAGAGGAUGACAACUAUCGAGGAGAAAGAUGAGGCUAUGGAAAAGGAAGGGGUGAAGAUAGACAACCUUUAUGAUGCGUGUAGAUGGAGAAUCCAGAGCAUCUCCAAGAUCGGGAUCGGGAGUGGGAGUGUUACCAGGAGCAGGAGCGGGAGCGGGAGCUGUGGCAAUUACUCAAUAUGCAGAAUCCAGAGCAUCUCCAAGAGCGGGAUCGGGAGUGGGAGUGUUACCAGGAGCAGGAGCAGGAGCGGGAGCUGUGGAAAAGGAUCUGAUACGCAAUCGUGGAUGUUGGAGAUGCAGGAAACAUCAGAGCCAGGGUUUCAUUUUGCAGGAGUUGUUAGAACCCCAAUGUCGAAAGGAAAGACGGCCCCCAAAGUGAAAAAAGAACCAGCUGAUCCUAAAGAGAAGAAACAACCAGGCAUAAAAUCAAAAACUGAUUUAAAACAGGAAAACCUUGAAAAACAGAUAAUCAAUCUCAGUGAUGUUUCGCGUCCUCUACUGUCCAAACGUGCAUUAAAGAUCCCUACCCUGCAAGACAAAAAUGACUCAGCAGUAGAAGCUAUGACGAAAAGAUUAUCUAAGCUGGUAGAUUGUGCAAAAAUGACACCAACUGAGAAGGACAAAAGGGGACGAAGCCUUACCUUUUCCCAGGUGUCACCAUACCUCGGGAACUCGGUGGUGAGAUGCAUCAUGGUUGGUGCAGCUCCCCCUCCUGGGAGGUAUGAUUCUUUUGAAGUGGUGGACGCUGUAAUACUAGAUAAUCUACUUCACUGCAUAGCUUAUGAAGCAGAAAAUCACUUAGACACUGCCUACGCAGUAGCAAAAUUUUACCUGACACUUAUGACCCCUAAAAAAGCAUGGCAAACCAAGGAGUACAGGUGGUUGCAUGACUUGCAUAUCUGCAAAGAAUUUGACAUGUUUUGGCAACGGUCUAUGCGUCAUCCAUCUCCUUACAAAGGGAGAAGGGUUGCUUUCAUCGACCAUACAUUUUGCCGAUUUUGGUGUGGAGACUAUUGGAACAAAUUUCUACCAAACGAGAAGGGUUGGAUAUUCUCUGAAGGUGAUUGUGGCGUCUAUACCAUAAAGACCAUUGAGUGUUUGGCUUUGUGCCAUAAAUGGGACCCGUUGAAAGAUAGCAACAUGCCUUCCAAUUGUAUGAAAUAUGCAGUUGAGAUAUAUGAUGAGGUACAUGUAGCUGAAGAAUCUCGGAUAUCUGAUCCUAACCCACGUGGUGCAGUCAAUGACAAGUACGGUCUACUGAUAGACUCUGCUAACUAA